AAGUGGACGAGUUGCGAGCAGAGAUGGAGGAGAUCAGGGACAGUUACCUAGAGGAGGAGGUGUACCAGCUCCAGGAACUGCGCAGGGAACUGGACCGCUCCAACAAGAACUGCCGGAUCCUGCAGUACCGCCUGCGCAAGGCUGAACAGAAGAGCCUGCGUGUAGCUCAGACCGGACACGUCGACGGAGAGCUUCUGCGCGGUCUGGAGCAGGACCUCAAGGUGGCCAAAGAUGUAUCUGUGCGUCUGCACAAUGAACUGGAGACAGUGGAAGACAAGCGCACACGGGCAGAAGAUGAAAACGAGCAGCUCAGGCAAAAGCUCAUCGAGGUGGAGAUCUCCAAACAGGCCAUGCAGAAUGAGCUCGAGAGAGCCAAAGAGACUGCUCUGCGGAGGCGAAGCAGUAGAGAAACCUUCAAAGAUAAGAAGUCUUUAACUCAGGAGGACAGUGCAGAUCUGCGCUGUCAGCUACAGUUUGCCAAGGAGGAAUCUGCUCUAAUGCGUAAAAAGAUGGCAAAACUUGGCCGCGAGAAGGAUGAACUGGAACAAGAAUUGCAGAAAUAUAAAUCAGUAUAUGGAGACGUGGACAGUCCUUUGCCCCUGGCAGAGGUGACAGGUGGAGGCCCCCACACCUCCCGGGAAGCCGAAUUAAGGUUACGGCUCAAACUGGUGGAAGAGGAAGCCAACAUUCUGGGAAGGAAGAUCGUAGAGUUGGAGGUGGAAAACCGUGGCCUCAGGGCGGAAAACGAAGACCUACGCUGCCAGUACGAGAGGGACUGCUUUGGGCGUGAACCCUUCUCAAGCGUCCCUACCUCACCGUUUGGUGGUGAUGCCCUGGAAUCUGCAAGUGAACUGCGGCGACACUUGCAGUUUGUGGAAGAGGAGGCAGAGCUGCUGCGGCGCUCCAUCUCUGAGAUUGAGGACCACAACAAGCAGCUGACGUCUGAGCUCAACCUCUUCAAAUUUGGACCCAGCCAAGCCGACCGGGAGUCUGAGGGAGCUGAGGGUGGAAAUGGUGGCACUCUCAAGCCUGGUAAUGGAGGAGGUAAUGGUUUCUCGGGAGCAGGGAGUGGUGCCCCACUGCAGGAGGAGCUGAAAGCCUCAAGACUCCAGAUCAAUGAGCUAAGUGGGAAGGUGAUGAAGCUGCAGUACGAGAACCGGGUGUUAAUAUCAAAUAUGCAGCGCUGUGACUUGGCGGCACACUUGGGAAUACGCACCAGUAGCCCACGGGAUAGUGAUGUGGAUAGCGAUGCCGGGCGAAGGGAACCAGAUGAGGACGAGACGGCCAGACUUCUGCUGCUCCACCCCAAACGUGAGGGUCCUGUUGGUGGGGAGAGCGACUCCGAUGACUUGUUUGAGAAAACGGCGACUUCUGGAUUCGCCAGUGGCGAGAAACCUUCAGAUCCCUGCGAACUGGGAGUGGCCGAGUUUGCCCAGCGGAGACGGGAAGACCGGGAGACGCUCCACAACGUCAGGCGUGAAGCUGAGAUGCUUGGUAAAACGGUGGAGCGGGUCAUCGCAGAUACGGACAGUCUGAUCCACGAAGGUCGUCUGGUUGUCCUGGGAGGGGACCUUCUUGCGGAAGGUUUGGAGUUCAGAGGCGAUCGGGACUCUGCUGAAUCUAAACCCGACUCUCAGGUGCUGGAUACCAUCAACACCCGCAUGAGGGCUUUCCGAACGGAACUCCAGCAAUUCAUGGACAAGGUGGACCACCUAGGGGAGGGUCUAAGGGAUCGCGUCGAUGACCUUUCCCCCAUGCCCAACCUCACUGAAUCUAGCAGCUUCCUUUCCACGGUUACCUCCAUGUCAAGGGACUCACCCAUCGGGACACUGGGAAGGGAUCUGGUGACAGACUUCCAGUACGGGCGCAGGGAGGAGCAGGAGUGGUGCCUAGACCGCCAGAGUGUCCCGGAGGCCCCUGGACAGGGACAGGGCGCCGCUAAGGGCUCCGUCACAGCCAGGGGAGGCCCUGGACUCAGUAGAUACACCAGGCCCCACAGUUUCAGACCCGAGUGCUGGGAUUUUGAGACUGGUGUUCUGUGUUCUGAUGGGGUCCAGUUCCGUGACCCGGUCCUGCCCGAGAUGGGAACGCCUACCAGAGAAAUACAGCUCCGCCUGGAGCAUGACAAGAGGAUGAGAGCUGGAGCGGAGGAGAAAGAUAGCUUCACAUCACCCAUCACUCAGCUUGUGCAGGAGGAGGAGAGGAGGAGAGCCGAGGCCCGGGGAGGACUCGAACUGCAGGGACUUCAAUCUCAUGAGCCAACGUGGCCACAGGAAAGAGUCCUGCUGCAACAGGAAGUGAGGUUGUUCCACCACAACAUGGUCAUUGUCUACAUGAAGCUGCGCUGGAUCCUGAUGCACUGGAGGCUCGGCCGCAGGACGGACGCACUGGAGGAGGGAGCGCAUGCUGAGUAUGAACGAUUGGAGAGCAUUCCAGAACUGGGCAUUAUGAUCGACCAGGGAGAUGGAGAGAUGGAGAGGGAAGACAAAGUGUGUGCCCAAAUCACAGGAAGGGACCUCACAGAGCCCGGCCCCCUCCUGCAGUCACCGGAGAGAUUCCAGUACCAGAAACAGGCAGGGGACAGUCGGCGUGUGCUGCAUGCGCUGCGCUCCCUGCUGGAGGAGUUCAGGGCGGAGCUCCGCGAGGAGGCGCAGCGGCGCUGGCAGCUGCAGCAGGCGUUAGCCAACGAGAGAGCGGAGUGGGAGAUACAGCGCGCUGAAAUGAGGAGUCAUGUCACCAGGCUGCAGGAUAUGAGAGGAGAGUCUGCAGGCGCAGUCGCAGAUGAAGGUGCAGUUGCUUCAGAUGUGUUACAGCAGGAGCGGGAGGAGCAGCGCUGUCUGCUGGCCGACAGUCACAGCACAGCACUGGAGCUGCGCUGGAAACUGCAGCACGGAGAAAAGCGCUGGACCCACGAGCGGAAUGAACUACUGGAGCGGUUUGAGAAAGAGAGGCAGGAGUGGGACCGCAGCGUACGGGAAAUGUACCGCAAAAUGGAAAAGAUGCAGAAAGAUGUUCUCCAGCCAGAAGGAGGCACAGCGCAUGUCUUCUCUCCUCAGGAGAGCCCCUGUAAGGCUCCUAGAUCUCCACGCUUCCCCUGCACAGCCGCACACACGCGUUCCCACUCCGACUCAGAGGCCACACUGGAGGAGAAGGGGGCGAUGGGCAGACCCAGACCCUUUGAGGGACACCGGCCCCCAGAGAGCCUGUUCCUGGAUGCCCUCUCUCUGGAUCCUCUGAGCGAAGCCGAGGUGCCUCCUCCAUCACGUCUGGAGAGCGAAAAGCGGUUCCCCCACAUGAAGGAAGUAAGAGAGAGAGCACUGAAUGAGAUCUCUGAGAGUGUGGAUCCUGCCAUUUACCCUGAGGAAGAGAAGAGUGGCGGCAGCCUACUCAGGGCAAAGUCAGUCUGCUCCAUGAGUGACUUCCAGCGUUUGAUGGACAGUUCCCCCUUCCUGCCAGAUAAGAGCAAGCCUGGCGAGCACGAGCGGGAUGAUGUGACUCCUCCCCUUUCACCAGAUGACCUCAAAUACAUUGAGGAGUUUAAUAGUAAGGGUUGGGAUCUGCCCACCAGCUCCCUGGCCACUUGCCCCAUUCCUGGCCCAGUAAUCCCCUCUCCAGUGAUGGAGGCCUGGGCAGAGAGGGCAGAAUCCCGAAGGGCAGAGUCUACUUCAGAAGCAUUCCAGCCAGCCUCCUGGUACCUGACCACCAGCACUACCUUGACCACCAACACCAUGAGUAUCCCUGAGUACUGCCAGAAGCUCCCACUCAGGGCAGCCCAGGGGGGGGAACAGUUUGGGGUGCAGAUCCUCCACAGUCCCGUUCGAGGGGAGCGGUCAGCUCCAGGCCCCCCUGAGCAGGAAUACAUGUUCUCCAAAGUGACCAAAGUAAAGGCAGGGGAGGUAGUAGGCGAUGCUGAGGAGGUGUUUGGAGGAAGGUGGCCAUGUGAGCUAAGGAGUCAUUUGGAGGCAGGACUUAGGCCUGGAGAACGUCCAUCGAUUUGCGCUGCUGUCGGGUAUACCUCGUCAUUAGAGCUGGAGCUGGCACGGAAUCUGAGCGAUGACAUGAAGGAAAAGGCGUUUUCUGCUCGGAAUGCCAUCCGAUCAUCUUCUGCAUCUGGAUCCAGCCCUCCGGAAAGGCAGCUACGGGACAUGGCAUGUCAGACGAAUGGUUUAACCACACGGGGAACACAGACCACCCUGACCAUCAGCGUGGGAUUGCAAACAGAGGCUGUUCGCACCCUCACAAGCAGCCCUCACCGCUGUCUAACGCCCAAAGGAGGCUCCACGCCCAUCUCAUCUCCUUCACGUAGCCUGAGAAAGAUGCAGUACUCUCCAGUCGUUCAAGCCAAGUUUGAACGCCCAUGCUGUUCGCCAAAAUAUGGCUCACCUAAGCUCCAACGGAAACCUUCUAACUCUGGCAAAGCAGAACAACCUGUUGGUCAAACCCGUGCUCCCACCCCAACAACCACUGCUCAGCAGCAAAAAGGGAACAACGAAUCCGCUUGGGCCCGUUCCACUACGACCAGAGACAGUCCCGUUCACACUACUAUCAACGACGGCCUCUCCAGCCUCUUCAACAUCAUCGACCACACGCCCAUCGCAUACGACCCUAUUCAGAAAUUCAACAAGUCCCCUAGCCGCUCUCGUCCCACUGAAGCAGGCCCUCAAGAGUCAACGGACCCCAAAUCUCCCAGUGUUUGUGCUGCACAGGGGCCUUUGAGGAACUCUCGGGGCCGGUCCCCAAGCCCUGUGCAGCUGAUUGUAGAGACGCAAGGCGAGAAAACUCCAGAGGUGAUUAGCAUCAGACAGGACCUGUCCGCUCCUCCAGGCUACACGCUAGCUGAGAAUGCAGCACGGAUCUUGAAUAAGAAACUACUGGAGCAGAGCUUCAGAGAAGAAAGGAGGCUUUCCGCUUCAUCCGCAGCUGCUCCGAACAAAACCGGAGACACAGAGAAACCAGGAUGUCUUGAGGACUUGCCUCGUUCGCCAGUGGCUCCACCUCUGGACUCCUGCUUCCUGCGUCCGGCUCGUCCCGCCAACCGCCGUCCUCCUUCCCGCUGGGCCGCCCACUCGCCCUCAUCCUCGCCCAACUACAAAGACCGAUCGGAGAUGUUCCGCUUCCCCUCGCCCGUCAGACCGGUUCAGACCAUCCCGGAGAUAGAGGAGCCCGGUCAGGAGGUUUUCCCUUAACCAGCCUAGACUACAUCCUUCUGUGCUUUCUGACACCUUGAGUUCAGUCAGCAACCGGUUUAUCUCAACCUCAAGUAUGAUUUUAAAAUUUCACUUCUGAAAUGCCCCGAAAAAAGGAAGUGUGGUGAUAAAUCAGGAUUGUAUUUACACUUUCACUCUCCUUAACCAUCUCCCAUUCCUGACCACACACGUACUACGCACACCGUCGGAGCGACGGAAUCAUUGAGAACCUUUCUAAAAAAACAUUUACCUGCCCUGCCACUAGAGGGCAGAGUUCUGUGAGCACCAGCUGAACUGAUCCAAUAGGAAACAGUUCCAGAAUUCCGUUUCGGAAUUAUCAAGGACCUGGAAUGUACUGACGCAAAACACCGCAAAGUGUUCCAUAAGAGGUGCCUACACACGCGUGACCUCGCGACGGUCCCGUACCCGUGUGUGUCCGUGUACAAUGUAUGCAAUACAUACCACUCGAUAUGUGUUGGUCAUGAAGCCGCAAACUUCUUUUCAGAUGUUCUGAAAAAUAUAACUGGAUAGUAAUAACAUUUGUCGGAUCAGCAUAAAAGUUUACGUGUUGAUUUAUAUUCAUUUUGGAGGGGUGAAAAUCAUUUGUUAAAUUAUGUUCUGUGUAUAUAGUUUAUAAAGCUAUUUUCUUAAUUUCUGCAUACAUCCCGUUUCGUUGGAAACCUUUGAUGCUUGAAUUAAAAAGACUCAGUUGUAUUUGUAAAGAGAAUUAGAUCAAAACUAAAGGAGAAACACACACACACACUCUAGUUCGACAGGGACGAAUGAUACAUGAUGUCAAUCAUAAUGUAUUUAAAACCCAAUAUAAAACUGAAUGUUCGACUCUGCAGGAUUCCAAUUGGAAGUUAACGUCGUAAUUUGAAACCAGUUGUAAAAGAGUUUAUGAACUGUAACAACAUGUAAAUCUGCUCUGGCUGAAACAUGCUGCAAAAACAGAAGAAAAAUAAAUAUAAAACUCAACAUGUUUCCCUCAGAUCUAAGAUUUAAAUGCAUGAAUAUUUAUUAAGACAUCCAUUGAGGCAGUCUAUGAUUGGUUGUUGGUUGCUUAGCGACUCAUUUGUAACAUUCUAACACGGCAUUGCUUCAUACUGUAGAAGUUUGGCAGCAAAUUGUGACCCACAUCCGAUAAUGGUUCAAAGUGAUGCAAACCUAUUUUCAAAAUUAGAAGUGUGCAAAGCUGCUCGAACCAGGGUCAAAAUGAACCCUAAAGGAAUAGUUCACCCGAAAAUGAAAAUUUGCUGACAAUGUACUAUG